AUGGCUUUUAAUAAUGAAAGCCUGCUGGCGGAGUGUGACUUCAUGGAGCCAAACAAUGCGGAGGAAGCGGCCGAAAUCCAGCCGUCAGAAGCUUCGCCUCCUCUCAUAUCAGUCACUCUGCGUGUGACCCUGGCAGCCAUAAUGAUCUUUAUGAUUACUAUCGGUUUCCUCGGCAACGCAAUCGUGUGUCUGAUUGUUUACCAGAAACCUGCCAUGCGUUCUGCUAUCAACCUCCUCCUCGCCACGUUGGCCUUCUCUGACAUUAUGCUCUCCCUGCUGUGCAUGCCCUUCACUGCCGUCACUGUGGCCACCGCUGACUGGAGCUUUGGGAGCGGGUUCUGCCGGGCCUCCAUCAUGCUGUACUGGCUGUUUGUGCUGGAGGGGGUGUCCAUCCUCCUCAUAAUCAGCGUGGACCGCUUCCUCAUCAUUGUGCAGCGGCAGGACAAGCUGACCCCGCACAGGGCUAAACUGCUGAUCGCGGGUUCGUGGAUUCUGAGCCUGUGCGUGUCCCUGCCGUCGGUGGUCGGCUGGAGGACGGGCGCAGCAGGCGUCGGGGGCGCCUGGGCGCCGCAGUGCGUGCUGGGAUACAGCGAGUCUCUGGCAGACCGCGGAUACACAGUGCUGUUGGCAGUGGCAGUGUUCUUUGUGCCGUUUACCGUCAUGCUGUACUCUUACAUGUGCAUCCUCAACACGGUGCGCCGCAACACGCUGCGCAUCCACAACCACACCAGUGAGCACUCCUGCCUGCCGGCCCUCAACCAAGUCAGCAAAAUGAGACUCACCGGGCUGCAGCGGCCGCCUCAGAUCAAGGUGGACAUGAGCUUCAAAACCCGAGCCUUCACCACCAUCCUCAUCCUGUUCGUCGGCUUCUCGGUGUGCUGGCUGCCUCACACGGUGGUCAGCCUGCUGGCCGUGUUCAGCCGGCAGUUCUACUACAGCUCCGUCUUCUACCCCAUCAGCAUCGGAGCUCUGUGGCUCAGCUACCUGAAGACAGUCUUUAACCCCGUCAUCUACUGCUGGAGGAUCAGAAAGUUCAGGGAGGCCUGUCAGGAGUUCAUUCCCAAAAGCUGCAGACUGUGUCCCAGAGUGCCGGGCAGGAGCCACAGAAGAGUGAGGCCCAGCAACAUUUAUGUGUGCAGUGAAACACAAUCAGCUGUGUGA